GUUAUGGUGAUAUUUGGCAUGAAGAUAAAAUAGAAAAGUCUAGAGAAAAAGAGCAAGCAGUGAUUAUGCAUCUAUGUAGGUCAUGUCUGCCUGACUUCGGGUUUUCAAUUUUAGUGAUGGAGCUCUUCAUCUGUUUAGAAAUCAGAUGUGAUGCGGUGGUCUUUGAUGCCGAGUUAAAGAAGAGACAUAAAUAUGGUGGAAUUGAAGGCGUUGGGUCUUGCUUGGCGGUUUACUGGUAAAAGUUUCCUCUAGAUCUUAUUUCAGAUUAAGAUUUCUUCACUGAUUCAUGAAAAAGUCGAGAUGUCUACGAAUUGGAUAAAUGUUUUUCUCGGGUGAAUUCACUUUGGUUUACUGAUGGUCGGAUAGUUCUCCGACGUCAAUCACCGGCGGUCGGAAUCUUCUUCCUUAGCGAAUAAUCCAAAGAGUCAUCAUUGAGUGAAGGAUAUGCUUACACGUGGCUUGAAUGCAGUGUAGGGUGCACGUGUUUAAUUACUCAUGCUAUCAUCGGUUGAUCUUAUUUGUCCUCUAGGACACCUAUGUUUAAUAAGGUCAGUUGUUUCUUUACUUUGGGCCAAUAGUUUGUUAGUUGGGUCGUAAAUUCUUAGUCUUGAAGUAGUCAGCAAAAGAUCGAGCUUCUCGGUUACUAAGUCUCUGAAGGAUGCAGCUUGAUGUGUAAGAACCUCUCAUAACCCAAGCAUAUGAUGGAAGCUAUAAGAUCAACUACAGUCUCAGAUUGGAAAUAUGGCCUUAUUGAGAGAGUUAUGAGAUCUCCUUGGUUUUUCAUAUUUUGCAUCGGUUUGAAUUAGUAGUUGAUUAUGCUGUUUCUACUGAUGUAACUUACAGUUUACUGUUUUAAUUUUUAGCAGUUUGGUUGUGUUUUAGUGGAGUUUUUUCCACUGCCCUGUAAUAAGUAACCCUCUGUUCUAUAUAAUAUGAAAAUACUUGAAAAAAAAAAUUCUCAGAACCCUAAGUUAUAUAUAUUCUCUAAAAACACUACAAUUUGAUGAUAAAGGGUAGGAUUGAUUUUGAUGAUAAAAACGUUAUAUCGGUUCAAUUUGGUUUAGUUCGGUUCGAAUUUUUGUUAUACCGAAUUUUAAUGUAACAAAACCGAAUGAUAAUUAUAAAAUAUCCGGUUCAGUUUUGAUAUAAUUGUAUUGGUAUGGUUCGGUUAGCUUUUUUUGACUACCCCUGUUUUUAUUUUGAUUACAAUUUGGUUAGAGCUUUUGCAAUCGCCGGCGAAACUCAAGAGUGAUGGCAAUGGAGGAGCCAAGGAAGCUGAGAGGCCACAAAUCAACUGCCACUUGUUGUAUAGCUUCUCGUGACAGGCCUGGACUUGUUCUCACUUCCGGCGAGGAUGGUUGCGUUUGCUGGUUUGAUUUGAGAUGUAAAGAUGUUCAAUUCAUCAUCGACGUUGGAACAGAACCUGUUUCAUCUCUCUGUUUCAAGACAGGUAAUGAGAACAUUCUCUAUGCUUCUUAUGGAAACGAAAUCAAGUCUUUCGAUGUUCAAACGCUAAGUGCUACUUCUUGGAAGCCACUAGAGAGUUUUAAUUACAACAAAGAUGAAGUGAACCAGGUUGUAUGCAAUGGAAGAUCAUCUUUUCUUGCUUCUGCAGAUGAUUCUGGUGAUGUUAAGAUCAUCGACAUUGGUCAGAAAUGCCUUUAUAAAACCCUUAGAGCUGGUCACACAAGUAUAUGCAGUUCUGUGCAAUUUAUUCCAUGGAGACCUUGGGAAGUUAUAACUGGUGGACUUGAUUCAAAGCUUGUUUUAUGGGAUUUCUCAAAAGGUCGCUCACAAAAGAUUAUAGACUUUGGCUCCGAUACACAGAAUAACUCAGGACAAUGCCUAAACCCUGCAUUUGUUCACUCGAUUGCAAUCCCGGAAAUGGACAUGGUUGAUAAGUUAGGCAAGAUAUGCGCAGUUGCUAGAGGUGAUGGAAUUGUCGAUUUGAUCAACAUCGAAUCAGAACUUUCCCGGAAAGGAACAUCAUCGAAAGGAAGCAGCAGCAGCAGUAGUAGCAACAAUGUGAUCAAAAGGGUUUGUUUAGAUUACUCUGUUGGUGGACACAAUGCUGCUGUGUCUUGUGUCGCUUUUUCUCUGUUUCAGGAGAAAGGUAGAUUCUUGAUCUCAGGUGGUAAUGAUAAGACAGUCAAAAUAUGGGAUUGCUUCAAAUGUCUUGAUCCAGACAACAACAACAGUAACAGAGAUAUCCUCCAUUUGAAUAUUAACUUAAGCAAGAAGGUGAAUUGGCUUUGCACGAAUCAAUCUGGUUCUGAGAAUCUUGUUGUUUGUGACACCACUAGAGUAGUUAAGGUUUACUCAGUCACUUAAUUAGGCCUGAUGGAUCAUAAAAUGACUUAUCCUUGUUUCGCAUUGUUAUUAAAAUGACUUAUCUCUGUUUCACAUUGUUAUUAUUGGGACUUUCUCAAAGUGUUUACUUGAUCCACAA